AUGAGCCUCAACCGGAGCAUGGCUGCCAGAUCACGGCUCCCGUCGGCAUCUGUCAUAGGUCGUAUUGAAGCGGCGCUAGAAGGUGUUGCAGAUUCGCUUGCUAAUGCAAACGAGCUGAAGAUACCCUUUUGUUCACGCAGACGUCGCUCACGCCCAGCCGAUCACGAGGAAAACUUUGUAAGAUUUCCUGGCUCGUCUGCCUCGGAGGCGCGCAAGUUUGCUCGACUACUGUUGAUUAUGCAGCUAGCACAUCAGGCAAUGAUUACAGGGACAAUUCUAACAAAAAGACACAUUUACUACCAACACCAAGAGCUCUUCGAGACCCAAAGAGUUGUCGACGAGCUAGUCGAUGACCUAGCUUACACGCUCGGCACCGACCGAGAUGACCUAAAUAUUACUGCUUCUUCAAAAGGGCUGGUUUCAGGCUGUAUGGUCAUCCGUCUCCGCAGCAGCCAAGUGUUAGAUGCCUCGCAGAGUGAACUGGGCAUCACAAUCCCUUCGAGCAGAUCCGUGACAUGCAUCGAAACUCGCGGUGCGCGAUGGCUUCUAGUAGUUGAAAAAGAUGCGGUGUUUCGGUCUCUUGUUGCAGUCCGCUUCUGGGAAACAUCUCUAGCUGGUCCUGGAAUAUUAAUCACUGCCAGGGGCUAUCCCGAUUUGAUGACGAGGAGCUUUCUAGCCCGGAUUCAGUCCGACUGUCCGCACCUCCCAAUGUUCGUCUUGACCGACUUCGAUCCCGAUGGACUGAGCAUCUUUUCGUGCUACCGUUAUGGCACGACAAACUUUUUCCACGAGUCCAGCAACUCCCAAAUUAAUUUUGGUUGGCUGGGAAUACAAUCUGGUCACUUGGGCACUCUUCACAAAACAAAAACGGAUGGGAUUCGGAAUGAUUUCUUGCCAUUAGAAUGUUGCAAAAGGAUUUGCAGACAGAACAUGGGGAUUCCAUGCGUGGCCGAAAUUCAAGCUUUAGACGAGAGCGGUGAUAUUACGCCUUGGCUAGACAUUUUUCUACAGAAAAUCCUCGGUAUCAUUCCCUAG